CGUGUUGCGCGUUUCAUACAUUGCUGCCAUCGGUUGUUAUUAUCAAUUUUUUUUUUGUUUUUGUUUAUUGUGAGCCGUUUAAGCGGAGCCACCAGGCACAAGACAUCAAUCGCCGUAUAAAACUAGUGUGUCACGCAAUCAGCGAGAAUAAAUCAAAAAUCGCAAUCAAGAACAAUAACAAUAACGAUAAAUUAUUAGUUGCAUCGAUAUCGAUAAAGCAGCUGGCUGCAAUCAACAUUCACAGUUCAGUAUAACACAAUCGAAAAUGUUUCAAAUUCCACGUCCCUCGCGGUUAACGCUGCAAGGUGCUGCCAUUGCCCUGGGUAUGGUGCUAUUAAUGUCCUGUGUACGUCCCUUGGGUGUGCUUUUCCUGGGCCUCUUCAGUUACUGGCUCUACUGGACACGCUGCAGUUUUCGCGUUGUCCUCACUCCCGAACUGCGCGCCAAAUUUGAAUCGUGGCUGCAACGCGCCGAAGACUGGCGUCGCAAUUCUCCGGGCAUGUUCUGCGUGGUGAGCAGUGGCUGCCUGGCCACCUUGGCCAUUUUGGGUCACCUGAUCUCUGGCUCCACAUUGGUGCUGACUCUGCUGGUGCUCUCCGCCCUCAUCUCCACCAAAUACAACUUCAAGUUGCUCCAAAUUGAACGCAAGGACUUCCAAUGGUCGGAGAAGAUCAACUACAACAAUGUGGAUGCCGAGCUGGACGAUGAGUUUAUGCCGGACGUGAACGAUGCGAAUCUGUUUGUGCUGGAGCGUGCCAGCGAUGUGGCCACGAUCAGUUCCCCCAUCGAUGCCGAUGGCAUGGGCGAUGACAUCGACGACGAUGAGCGCAGCGAUGACAUACCAUCAGAGUUGUUGCUCAUACCCGAUGCCAUACCUGAGAUCGAUGAGCACUCCACCGACGAGGACGAUGAGUUGGUGCCACUUUCACGAACCAAGAGCAAGACAACAACAAGUGGUGUCACACAGUCAGCCAACAAUGCCGUUAAUGCUGCUGCUGCUCCACAUGAGCAAUACGAGCAGCGAUCAACAACAACAACAGCAGCAGCAGCAACAAUAACAACAACAGAGGACGGCGAGUCCACAAUGGAUUUUCGUAGGGGGCAUUUUAAGCGAGACUCAUCGCUGUCCACCACCUCAUCAUCGUCCGAGGAAAGUCUGUCCAAGGGUCUGCAAUUUCCCGAUCACACCAGCGUCGAUGCUCCCGCCCUGCGGCAAUUGACCGCGCCUCCAUCCGCUGCAUCAGCAUCCAGCAGCGAGGCGACAGCGACGGCAGCCGGUGCAAUAAUCGCCCUGGCGGUGAAAUCCCAAGCGCAGUCCCUGCUCCCCAGCCUGAUGUCCAAUUUGGUUGGCCAGUGGAGCAAUGCUGGUCAACCGGUCAGCGGGGGUGAAGUGGUCAGCAUGGAUCAACAGCAGCAGCAGCAGCAAUUGGUUAAGCCGCAGCGACGUCAAGUCACCGCUCUCGAUUCGUCCGAUGAGAGCGAUUUUGAGAUACUCGAAACGGAUGAUUUUAAGUAAAGCAAGAAAGCAAAAACGUUUAUCGUUGCGAGCGCGCGUAUUACCAACUAAUAUCUUAACUCUAUAUAUACACGAUACACAUACAUAUGUAAUCCAAUCCAAAAAGAAAAACAAAAACACACAGACACACACACACACACACACAUACGCAGCAGACAGCCAUAUUGAGAGAAAUUCAAAUAACGAUAAAAAAAUAUGCAAAGAGUCUAUCGGGGGUUAAUCGAUAUGUGUAAAUGGAAGAAGUUCGAUUAGUUGUAUUCUUUAGUUCUGUUUGUUGUUAUCAUACAGAUAUCUGUGCUUGCGCUCUUUAUUAUGUUAUUAUUUUAAUAAUAUAUAUAUACUUUAUUAUGAUUAUGAUUACGAUUACGAAUAUUUUGUAAUGACUUGUGUUUCUAUAUACUUUUUAAUGAUUUGGUUUUCAAUUUUUUUUUUGUGUUUUGGAGCAGCGGUUUAGUUACUAAUUGAUUUACAAUUUCGAUUACGAGUUCUCUCGUAUGCAAAACACUGUAAAUACUUUUGUAUCACACAAAACAAAACCACAAGCACACAAAUACAUACAUAUAUACAUACAUAUACGGAUAACCAUGCAAAUGUUGAGCUACUUAAUCUGUACCCAAGAACGCUUUAAAUCAAACAAAACAAAAAAACCCACGACAACAAAAAUCUAACAAUUAAUGUAAUGAAAAUCAUCCUUUGCAUAUUAUUCUUUAAAUCCUGAUUGCGGUGCUAAACAAAAAACAAAAA